AACACCACUGUACUAUUUUGGCAUGCUGUUGAUUAGUAUUUCACAGUUUUUUUGAAUGCAUCUAACAGUGUGUUUAUAACAAAUGAGUUUCUGGAAACAUGAGGGCAUUGAAGGAAGGCCGCCUUUUAGCAGGAGUGGCAGAGGAUGGCUUGCUAAAACGUUUGAGCACAAGAGAUCGUCGAUGUGUGUCACACGGUGUCCCAGACAUCUUUUUUUGCAAUGGGGGGGAAGGCAGUAAAAGAUAAUGUCCAAAUUCACCGUUUUUUUUACCCAAGUGGAAACCUGGUGAAGCCACCCUUUCUGAAUCUGGUAGGUCCUAAAUCUGACCCUGAAAUGAAGUGUGGAGAUACCAUUCAGGUGUUCUUUGUUAUCUUACUAACUAACACAUUUUUAGUGUUUAAAUUAAUAUAAUAUUGAUGAGUUGUUAAUUAUGGAUAAAACAAGAUUAAUCCAUGAUUAAUCAAUUCAUUCGAUGAUGCACUUUUAUGAUAUCAUGCAUAGUUCAUAGUCGGAAUGCAAUUUAAAUGUUGUUUUUCCUUGUAAUUUUCUUAAAAUCUAAAUCAAAAUAUAUGAUGAUGGAAUUUAUCUGUUUGUAAUGGCAGUGAAAUGUGUUAUUUAUACUUUUUAGAUUUUAAAACGCCUUAAAAUUAACACAAUAUUAAUUUAUUAACAACUGCAUUUGUUAACUUGCAACUUGAGGUUUUAUAAACCAGUGGUUCUCAACCCUUUUUGCACCGCGACCCAAUUUUUACCAUGUCGGCUCCGUGAAUUAACGCUGUGGGCAAGCGAGCAGUGCGCUCUGCAAUAUACGCCAAUCAAUGCCUAUUGCACAAAUCUGAUUGGAUGUGCUAAUGAAUUUUAAAUUAAGCAUCUGUGGUUUGGCUUCUAGGAUUGGUUGAGUGUUCUCUUGUUUUGCGCAAUGCAUUGGCAGACCGAAGAUCCGUUUAUAUGGGUUAAUUCUAGGACUGGGGAUGGGAAAUCUGAUCGUGGAUCAGCAUAGGAGCUUGUUCGUUUUAAAAUGCUUCCAUUUCCAAUCUCUGCCUCGCGUCCUUUCAGAACUUGCCGAGGCCCACAUUUGGGUCGAGACCUGCUCAUUAGGGCGGAGAAUCGUUGUUAUGCAGCAUAUACAGUGUGAUGCAGUAAAAGGUCGAGUUCUACAUAUCAUAUAAUUGCUCGUAUGUUCUGCUUUACUGCCGUUCAGCUACACUGGUGGAAUGCUAUUAAUAUCACAGGCGACUGUAUCAUUUUAAGCGGCACCCACUAGACCAGAUGUUAAUGUUUAUUAAUUUACUCGUCAUUUUUAUAAACACUCAGGGCAUUUAUUUUGUGCAUUCAUUUAAGUUUCCCUGCUAUUUGAACUUGGGCCUGUUUAUAUAUUUUUAUUAGAACUUUUAACUUUAUGUUUCUAAGGUAUAGUUCUGUUGACUCUAUAGCACAUUUCAAUGGUAAAUUUAUUGACAAAUAUUGAAAACGUCUCCUUAGAAAGCAUGUUAUUAUAUUUCUGUCCUUUUGGCAAAGGUAUCUGGUAAAUAUCGGGACAAAGCCAGCACCUUGAAUUACAAUUCAACAAAACUAGCAUUAGGGCCACGCUAAUUUAAAGCGCUUCUCGAUGAUUUCAUAAGCUAAAUGCAUCAUCACAGUGCUCGAAAGGUGGAUAUUUAUUACAUUUUCUAUAAGAUUACUAAACUAUCAUAUCGUACAACAUAAGUUCUCGGGGGGAUACGCUGGGGCGAUUACACGGUAUAUAAUGUAUACUUGUGGUUAGGAAAAUACAAUAUAGUAAAGAAUGGAAUGUAAUUUCAGAAAUCAUUAUGUAAAUUGGGGAUAAUUAGUAAGUAAGGUUAUUCUGUUACAGACAUUUGGAAGUACUGUUUAAUAUUAAGAGUGGUUAUUUAUAAUUAGGAAGCUCUGGUGUUAAGACAUCUGAGUAGCCUGGCAAAGCCUCUGUUUCUAACAGCAUUUCCAUAACAAGAAAGGUACCAAGACGCAGCAGAUGACGAGCCGCCAUCCAUAUAUACCUCGCCAUUAGUGUGGUGAUUGCCAGUUCAUCUCGUCGCUCCACCAAGUCGUCUUCUCAUAUAGGUGAAGAUAUACAAGAAGCCAAGAUGUCUGAGAAAAAGAUGAGCUCGAGUCGUAAGCACCAUCUGAAGAGCUUGAUGAUCUCGAUUGCUAAGAAUUUGCUGGAGGCUGAGAAAACGCAGACUGAUGCAGACAGGAUCAAGUAUAUGGAUGAAAACUGCCCUGCACUGUCCAUGCCUGGAUCUAUGCAAGACCUGCAGGAGCUGUGCAAAAAGUUCCACCAGCAGAUUGAUAAGAUUGAUGAAGAGAGAUACGACCUGGAAACUAAAGUAAACAAAGGGAUUAAGGAGAUUGAAGACCUGAAGAUUAAAAUUCAGGACAUGAAGGGCAAGUUCAAGAAGCCGGCCCUGAGGAAGGUGCGCAUGUCUGCCGAUGCCAUGCUGAAGGCUCUGUUGGGCUCCAAGCACACGGUCAACUUGGACCUGAGGGCCAACCUGAAGCAAGUGAAGAAGGAGGUCAAGGAGGAGGAGAAAGAAGCCGUUGGUGAUUGGCGCAAGAACAUUGAAGAUAAGGCUGGUAUGGAUGGCAGGAAGAAGAUGUUUGAGUCCGAGGCUUAAAUUGGUGGAUGUUGCCUGGUUUCAGUUAAUUUUUCAUAGAUUUGUGUUUAAACGGGGCUGUUAAGAGUUCUGAUCAACUUUGGUUUAAAGUAGGCUGUUGGAGUACUUGAUAAAUCUGGUCAAAGUUUAAAUUUUGCUAUUUGUAACUGUUUCUCUCUGUAUCAUCUAAAGUCUCCCAACUGUACCAUUUACAUUGCAUAGAAAGAUGUAACGAUGCCAAGUUUAAUGAAAUAAAUUAUUUCACACAAA